GAGAGAGAGAAGGACUGGGGCAUCGGUCCUUCUGCUACUUUUUGUAUUGGGCGAUUUGAUUGAUGGCCAUAAGGCCCUCCUUGGAAUUCACCGUCUCCCACCACCACAACCUUCUCUCUCUCUUCCUCGCUCGCGGCCACCCUCCGCCGUCUCCUCUCUCCUUCUCCUCCCACCACUUCCACCCUUCCCCGCCGCCUCUCGUCCGCUGCAUCGCGUCCUCAGCAACUCCUCUCCCUCACCGCCAUACGACCUUUCACCACCCCCCGAGGCCGCUUCAUCCUUAUCACGAAACCCUGGCGCAGAAGAUCUGUAAAUCGAUUCGCCGCCCUGGCGCCGCCUCCAAGGCUAGGACUUACGCCGAUGUCAACGUGAUCCGACCCAAGGACUACUGGGACUACGAGUCCCUCACCGUCCAAUGGGGGGAGCAGGAUGAUUAUGAGGUGGUGAAGAAGGUUGGGAGAGGAAAGUACAGUGAAGUGUUUGAAGGGAUUCACUGUACCGAUAACGAAAAAUGUAUUAUCAAGAUUCUCAAACCUGUUAAAAAGAAGAAGAUUAAGAGGGAGAUAAAAAUAUUGCAGAAUCUCUGUGGGGGGCCAAAUAUUGUGAAGUUGCUUGAUAUUGUCAGAGAUCAGCAAUCUAAGACCCCUAGUCUUAUAUUCGAAUAUGUGAAUAAUACAGAUUUUAAAGUCCUUUAUCCGACACUUUCAGACUUUGACAUACGAUAUUACAUCUAUGAACUUCUCAAGGCUUUGGAUUAUUGCCACUCACAAGGUAUUAUACAUCGAGAUGUGAAGCCCCAUAAUGUUAUGAUUGAUCAUGAGCAGCGUAAGCUUCGCCUUAUUGAUUGGGGCCUUGCCGAGUUUUAUCAUCCUGAGAAGGAAUAUAAUGUUCGGGUUGCUUCAAGGUAUUUCAAAGGUCCUGAGCUUCUUGUUGAUUUGCAAGAUUAUGAUUAUUCUUUAGAUUUGUGGAGUCUCGGUUGUAUGUUUGCUGGAAUGAUAUUUCGUAAGGAGCCAUUCUUCUAUGGGCAUGAUAACUAUGAUCAGCUAGUCAAAAUAGCAAAGGUACUUGGGACAGAUGAAUUAAAGGCUUAUCUGCACAAGUACCGCAUAGAAUUAGACCCACACCUUGCAGCUCUAGUUGGGAGGCAUAGCAGGAAACCAUGGACAAAAUUCAUUAAUGUUGAUAAUCAGCACUUAGCGGUUCCUGAGGCGCUUGACUUUGUAGACAAGUUGUUGCACUAUGAUCACCAGGAAAGACCAACUGCAAAAGAAGCAAUGGCCCAUCCUUACUUCUACCCGAUCAGAAAUGUAGAAAGCAGCAGAACUCGCACCCAGUAGAUUGAGUUCUAGAUGCUUGUCGAAUCACGCUCUGUUUUGUACUCAGUUGAGCCCACCCUCUGUAAUCUUACCUCAGUUUUUAUUGUGGUGGUUGAAUUCAGAUGUAGGGUUACCCGUGUUUGCGUUGUUGUAAGACUGCCAGUUGUAUUCCUUCUUUUUGGUUCAUUUUUACCGUUCUACUUCCAAUUUUUACUUGCUAGAUUUCAGCGGGACUUGCUUGUUUUACUUGUCAUGUGUGCGUCAAACUUGUGUAUGCAUUUGUAAUCUGAUUUCGGGCUGGAUUGUGUAAUCUGAUGAUAUACUUACCCACCCUCUUUUGAAGUAAGCAGUCUCUUGACCAAUUCCGGCUGAAAA